AUGGUGGCGCUGUUUGUCAACAGACAGCAGAAGAAGAUCCAUGACCUGGAUGAAGUGGUGACUGUUUCCCUCCAGCGUGCAACUUUUGGACACAUCUGCACCAUGAAGAACAGAGGAGGAGGAGGAGGAGGAGGAGGAGGAGUGGACCCGCGGCUCAGACACCGGCUGCAGCAGCACUUGGCGUCCAUCAACAGCCAAUAUGUGGAUAUAUCUGAAGUGGCUGAGGAAUUGCAGAAACUGUACAGACUGGACUAUGGCAGAAGAAAUAAGACAGCCUUCAGGAUACAGGUGGACAGGGUGUACCAGUCUAUUACACAAGAUUCAGAUCUGAAUGAACUGGAGAGCAAGCACUUGGCAAAAAAAGCCAAACACAGCCAGAGCGACACUGGAGAGGGGUCCAACCUGUCGUCUGGCAGUGACGAGGACGAUGACUGCAUCCUGGGGAAUGUGCCCACCAACCACAUGAACAGCUCUCUGACCAGUCUGUACAGAAAAGGCACGGACAGCACCGCGGCCCAGAGGAGCAGUUCUGUCCCCCCAACCACGAGCCAGAGCUGGUUCAUCGACAGAUCCCCCAACGACGGCGCUCCACUCAUUGACCUCUGCGAUGAUGAGCCCGCUGCUGCUGCUCAGAACACCAUUUCUGGAAAAUCUCAGAAGAAAUCCAAGAGGAGGGCAAAUGCGGUGAAUGAAUCAGACGACUCUCGAAAAGUGAAUAAAAAAGCAAAUAAAAAUCUAGAACUGCAAUAUCCGACAAUGACGUUUGAGGAUGUAGGAGGAAAUGAAGAAACAUUAAAGGAUGUGUGUAAGCUGCUUCUUCACAUGCGACACCCAGAGGUGUACCAGCAGUUGGGAAUGGUUCCUCCCAGGGGCUUCCUGCUCCAUGGGCCCCCAGGCUGUGGAAAGACUCUUCUGGCCCAAGCAGUUGCUGGCGAACUGGGGCUGCCCCUGCUGAAAGUGUCUGCUCCAGAGCUGGUGUCGGGAGUAUCAGGAGAGUCUGAACAGAAACUAAGAGAGCUAUUCGACACUGCAGUGAGCUCUUCUCCGUGUAUCCUCUUCAUUGAUGAGAUUGAUGCAAUUACCCCCAAGAGGGAGAUUGCCUCCAAAGACAUGGAGAGGAGGAUUGUGGCUCAGCUCCUCACCUGCAUGGAUGACCUGAACAGUUUGAAUGUAACAACCCAGAUAAUGGUGAUUGGGGCAACUAAUCGGCCAGACUCUCUGGACCCUGCACUGCGCAGAGCGGGCCGCUUUGACAGAGAGAUCUGCCUCGGCAUCCCAGAUGUAUCUGCCCGCCUCAGAAUUCUGAAGACAUUGUGCCGAAAGCUGAAGCUUUCGGAGGACAUAGACUAUGGGCAGAUGGCUCGGCUGACUCCAGGGUAUGUGGGUGCUGACCUGAUGGCACUCUGUCGAGAAGCAGCCAUGUGCGCUGUCAACAGAGCUCUUCUGGACACCCGUUCAAAGUCUCCAACCAAGGAGGCCUCAACAGACCACAAUCAGGAGACAGUGGAGUGUUCCAUGGACACCUCGAUGCCUAAUGCCGAAUCUGCACAUGCUCAGGGAGAGCUCGGCUGUUUACUGAAUCUCUUAAAGGACUCAAAGGUGUUGUCAGCGGAGGAGUUGUCUGGAUUGUCCAUUCUCAUGUCGGACUUCAAGACUUCACUGUCCAGUGUGCAGCCCUCAGCCAAAAGAGAGGGCUUCGCUACUGUCCCAGACGUGACAUGGGACGACAUUGGGGCAUUGAGGGAUGUCCGGGAGGAGCUCACCAUGGCCAUACUGGCCCCUGUUCGCUCCCCAGAACAGUUUAAAGCCUUGGGUCUUGCUGCUCCCUCAGGAGUUCUGUUGGCUGGGCCACCAGGAUGUGGGAAGACAUUACUUGCUAAGGCUGUGGCCAAUGAGUCGGGUCUAAACUUUAUCUCUGUGAAGGGUCCAGAGCUGCUGAACAUGUAUGUGGGAGAGAGCGAGCGUGCUGUCAGACAGGUCUUCCAGAGAGGACACAAUUCUGCUCCAUGUGUCAUCUUUUUUGACGAGAUUGAUGCAUUGUGCCCUCGCCGUUCUGGACACGAGUCAGGAGCCAGUGUACGUGUGGUUAACCAGCUGCUAACAGAGAUGGAUGGUAUGGAAACACGUCGGCAAGUUUACAUCAUGGCUGCCACCAAUCGACCCGAUAUCAUUGACCCAGCCAUACUCAGACCUGGUCGUCUUGAUAAAACUUUGUUUGUGGGGUUGCCACCAGCGGCUGAUCGACAUGCAAUUCUCCUCACUGUGACCAAGGGGGGGACCCGCCCUCAGCUGGACCAGGACGUCAGUCUGGAGGAAAUUGCAUUUGAUGAGCGCAGUGACUGCUUCACUGGUGCAGACCUUACUGCUUUAGUAAGAGAGGCUUCGGUCAGUGCUCUCAGUGCCUACUUUAAGGCCAAUAGACUUUCAGCGACUGGGGAAGGUCAAGAAUGUGUGGCAAACAUCAAAGUCAAUAAACAGAAUUUUGAGACCGCAUUCAAGAAAGUUCGACCGUCUGUGUCAAAAAAGGACCGACAGAUGUACGAGCAGCUCCAGAAGUCUCUCAGCACCUCGUAG